CACUGCGCCAGAAGUCCGCAACAUGGAAGUCUGCCGCGACGUUGGAAAUGGCAAUCUCAGCACUACACGACGGCUUCUUCCGGGGUUCACUCUUUCGAUAGAGACAGAAAUCUUCAACCUGCCGAAUACUUGCUACACGUGUCCCGAUAUGAGAUCCGCUUCCCCUCAGCCUGAAGUCAAUGCAUUCUUGGAAAAUCCGCACAGGGGCGGGUCUCUGCGAAGGCCUCCAAAACUCCAAGAUUGCUUUAUGUUUUGAGACAACAAGCCGCUUCAUGAUCGACUAUAAGUACAAACGUGCUGGAUCUGGUCUUGUGCUAAAGGAUCCAGCUGUUAUCCAUCGUACUUGACAACUUCAAUAACACACAGGCCAAUUUCUACAACUCUUAAAUCACCAUCACAUCCAUCAUGGUUGUAGUCGCAGUCGCCGGAGGCACGGGCGGUGUCGGCAAGACCAUCGUUGAACAGGUAAAGCUUAGCAAGAAGCACGAGGUGAUCUUACUUAGUCGCAAGGCUCCUACCACACCCGCCUCAGGCGGAGCAAAGAUUGUGCUUGCUGACUACGGCAAUAUCGAGGCGCUGUCUCUGCUGCUCGAGGAGCAUAAUGUCGAGACAGUCAUCUCCACGAUUGGUUUCGUGGGCCCAGAGGCCGCCCAGUCGCAGCUCAACCUCAUCGCCGCAGCCGACAAGGCCAAGUCGACCCAUCGAUUCGUCCCCAGCGAGUUCGGAGUCUGGUUGUCUCCAGACGACACGAACGCGGCGAUGUUCGGGGCCUGGCUGGACGCAGUCGCUGCUCUUAGAAAGACUGGCCUCAUGUACACUCGCGUGAUCAACGGGUGGUUCAUGGACUACUUUGGCAUGCCGCACACCCCAAGCAACCUCACCCCUCACACCUGGGCCAUCGACAUCGCGAACCGCCGCGCCGCGAUCCCCGGAACAGGCAACGAGCCCAUGACCCUGACCUACUCGGUAGACGUGGCCCGCUUCGUCGUCCGCAUGCUCGACGACGCCGACUGGCCCGACGUCAGCGUCAUCAGCGGCUCAGACACCACGUUCAACGAGAUCCUGGCAAUCGCAGAGAAACUCACGGGAGCCAAGUUUGACGUCGUCUAUGACGGAGAAGAGAAAUUAAGAAACGGCCAGGCAACCGUCUGGUCGGCGGGCUACGGCGCAGGACCGGCGACAAUGGAGGAGACGCAGGCGAUGAUCGCUCUUUUCGGUUUGAUGGGCGUCGAAGGCAGGAUCCUGGUGCCCGGGGGUAACCGCCUGAACGCAAAGUACCCAGAUAUCCGCCCCAUAGGCAUUGAAGAGCUUCUUACCAAGGCCUGGGCUGAGUAAUAGGAUUCGUUCUGUCUCAGGACUAGUGCUUAGGUUGAAGUACUUUGUCUCUCAUCGCCGCUAGCUUUUCGUCUCUGCCGUCAAUCCCCUCUACACGAUGUUACCUUUUUGUUUUGCAUAGUCUCUUUCAGAUGAAGACGCAUCUUUUGAUCCUCGUCCUCGUACCUCUGAACAUCUCCUGCCG